UCAACCGUUCCGGUCAUUACAUCUGGAUCGUCUGGUCGUUCACAGUAUCGCCACUCCAGCUUCGAGAAAUCAGCCUGUUCACUGUUCUCGAGCCGUCUUGGGCCUUACGAAGGAGAGAAAACAAUCCUCACUGCCCGCCCAACUGUCGCAAGAUGCUCUAUCUUGUGGGCCUUGGUCUCUCCGAUGAGACAGAUAUUACAGUCAAGGGUCUGGAGGUCGUGAAGAGAGCCUCCCGAGUUUACCUCGAGGCUUACACGAGCAUCCUGCUUGUGGAUCACUCCGUUCUUGUGCGCCGCUAUCACCGCCCUGCGCCCCAGACCUCGACUCAGGCUGAUGCAACAGUAGGAAUCUUACUAUGGCCGCUCCAUCGUAGUUGCCGACCGCGAGAUGGUCGAGUCUAACAGCGACGAGAUCCUGCGUGACGCCGCGAACGUCGACGUGGCUUUCCUCGUCGUCGGCGACCCCUUCGGCGCUACCACGCACACAGAUCUGGUCCUCCGCGCUCGCGAGCUGGGAAUUCCCGUGAGGACAGUUCCCAAUGCGUCCAUCAUGUCGGCUAUCGGGGCCACGGGUCUGCAGCUGUACAACUUCGGCCAGACCGUCAGCAUGGUCUUCUUCACCGACACCUGGCGCCCCGCCAGCUUCUACGACCGGAUCAAGGAGAACAGGGACGCGGGCCUCCACACGCUCGUGCUCCUGGACAUCAAGGUCAAGGAGCAGAGUCUGGAGAACUUGGCCCGGGGCAGGAAGAUCUUCGAGCCGCCCCGCUACAUGUCGGCGGGCACAUGCGCGAGGCAGAUGCUCGAGAUCGAGGAGGAAAAGGGACAGGGCGCCUACGGCCCCGACAGCCUUGCCAUCGGCGCCGCUCGCGUGGGCGGCAAGACGGAAAAGUUUGUCGCUGGCACAUUGCGGGAGCUCUGCGACGCCGAUGACGCCCUCGGGCCCCCGCUGCAUAGCCUCGUCCUGCUAGGGAGGAGGACGCAUGAGCUCGAGCUCGAGUUCACUCGCGAGUUCGCCAUCAACAAAGAGAACUGGGACAGGGUAUGGAAGGCAGACUACGGUCGCCAGCAAUGAUUCAAGUCCGGUAGUGUCGCGCACUGGCUAGGCGUGAUUCCUUGCCAAGCACGCUACGCUCAUGGACCUCUGUCAGGCCUGUUCCUGCAUAGGUACCUAUAGAAUAUAGACCUCGGCAACGCUCUAACUCUGUAGCAGAGGAUCAUCUUGAUCUAUGUCCAUUUCUCUGUAUUCUGUACAGCUUCAGUGAGUUGUCGCUGUCAGUUAUAAGCCAGAUUUGCGCUCUAAGAUCCCUUGAGCAAUAUGUGGCAGAGCCAAGUUAAAGUUAAUCCUCUCUUACCUGAUCUUCUAGCACCUCUUUCAAUCAUUUCUAUCUUCUUUAACUUCUUUGAGCACUCGCAAUAUGUUAACUAGGUAAUUAUCUAAAUUGUACCUAGCUCCUUGUUAGAAAGUUAUCAUUGUUCAUAAUUGCAAUCAGUUAUUAACUUGGAUUUAAUUUCAAUGUAAAAGCUAGAUUCUUC